CCAACAUCAUUUAAUUAUAUUUUAUAUGUUACGCUAUAGUUUUUGGAAUUUCAUAUAUAUCAAAGCUGUGAGAUUUUUUCCAUAUUUCUCGUGAGGCCUCUGGCUCACAAGCCAAUAAAGGCAAUCACAAACUUCAACACCACUAGAUCACAUAUCUAGUAAACUUCACUGUAUUCACAUUUGCAUCGUACCCUCAAAUCACUAGUUAGUUCAUUCUGGUUCUUCCUAGAUCAUACUGCAAUUUGCUUAGCUUAGAAUUCCUGUUCUUUAAGGAACUUGGGUAGCAUAUUGUUUUUUAUUUUCUUCAGCUUCCUCGGUGUUGCUUUUCAUAUUCCUACUUCAUUCUGGGGUUGAUUAGAGUAAGAUUUUCUUCCGUUCAUUAUUUUUACAUUAGUGUCACUUUGAUUUUCUGAGUCUCCUGCUUUGUAAUAUCUUUAUGUAAAGUGUACUUCACUUGGUUGCUAAAAGUUGGAACUUCAAAAAGUAUAAACUUUUGAGAUUUGAGUUUUUAGCUCUUUGAAAGGACUUGAAGCCACCACAAUGAUGUCUGCUUGUGUGACCUUGAGAGCCAAUACCCAUUUAGCAAACUCAAGAAAAGAAAGUACUUUUUGUCAAGAUCAUGGUUUUUUAGGUGAGAGAAUCAAAGGGGGUCUGAGUUACAGUCCCUGGAUCAUUAAUCAGUUGGCAAAGAGUUUGAGAACUCAGGAGAAGGUUAAGAAGGCCAAACCUGGUGUUGUAUCUGCUGUUCUUACAUCAAAAUCAAAUAAUACCAAGGAAUACUUGACUUUUCAAGUGCCAUCCUUUCUCAGAAGAAAAGCUGACCCAAAAAAUGUUGUUUCCAUCAUAUUGGGAGGAGGUCCUGGGACUGAACUCUUUCCUCUUACCAAACGAGCUGCCACACCUGCUGUCCCUGUUGGUGGAUGCUACAGGCUUAUAGACAUCCCAAUGAGCAACUGCAUAAACAGUGGCAUAAACAAAAUAUUUGUACUCACCCAAUUCAACUCUGCAUCCCUGAACCGUCAUAUCUCACGCACCUAUUUUGGAAAUGGCGUCAACUUUGGGGAUGGAUAUGUGGAGGUUCUGGCGGCUACUCAAACACCAGGAGAAGCUGGAAAAAGAUGGUUCCAAGGAACCGCAGAUGCUGUGAGGCAAUUUUCAUGGGUAUUUGAGGAUGCCAAGCACACAAACAUUGAGAAUGUAUUGAUCUUGGCUGGAGAUCAUCUAUACCGAAUGGAUUACAUGGACUUUGUGCAGAGUCAUAUUGACAGAAAUGCAGAUAUUACAAUAUCAUGUGCUGCUGUAGGUGACAGCCGUGCAUCAGAUUAUGGAUUGGUCAAGGUAGAUGGCAGAGGCCGUAUCAUCCAAUUUUCAGAAAAACCGAAGGGUGCUGAUCUGAAAGCAAUGCAAGCAGAUACCUCUCUUUUCGGGUUGCCGCCCCAAGAUGUGUUAAAGUCACCAUAUAUUGCAUCUAUGGGGGUCUAUGUAUUCAAGACAGAUGUUUUACUCAAGCUUCUGAAAUGGAGAUAUCCUACAUCCAAUGACUUCGGAUCUGAAAUCAUUCCUGCAGCUGUGGGGGAACAUAAUGUCCAAUCCUAUUUUUUUGGAGACUAUUGGGAAGACAUUGGAACAAUAAAAUCAUUUUACGAUGCUAACUUGGCUCUUACUGAAGAGAAUCCAAUGUUCAAAUUUUAUGAUCCCAAGACACCCAUUUUCACAUCUCCGAGAUUCCUACCACCAACAAAGAUCGAUAAAUGCCGGAUUGUGGAUGCAAUAAUCUCCCAUGGAUGUUUCCUUAGUGGAUGUACUGUCCAAAAUUCCAUUGUGGGUGAACGUUCACGCUUGGAUUAUGGCGUUGAGCUCCUGGACACUGUAAUGAUGGGAGCAGCCUCUUACCAAACUGAAUCCGAAAUUGCUUCUCUGCUGGCAGAAGGAAAGGUUCCCAUUGGGAUUGGAAGCAACACCAAAAUUAGGAAAUGUAUAAUUGACAAGAAUGCAAAGAUAGGGAAAGAUGUCAUCAUCAUGAACAAAGAUGGCAUUCAAGAAGCAGAUAGACCAGAAGAUGGAUUUUACAUUCGAUCAGGAAUCACCAUCAUAAUGGAGAAGGCAACAAUAGAAGAUGGCACUGUCAUAUGAACGGCGUGUAGUGCUUAUUUCAUAGCAUUCAGAGGAACCCCAUCUUUGGGAACCGAAGGGUAGCAGUUGCAACGCUAUGUCCAAUUGAGAAACCAGCACCCUUUUUUUGUUAGAUAUGCAAAAUAGAAGUCUCCCCCAGUACAUGUAAAAAUAAAAUGAAUAAAUAAACGUGAAGUUGAGUGUGAAUUGAAAAGUUGUUUCCUCCCUUAGUGUUACUAUUAUACUGGUGAUAAUGAACGUGAAGUUGGAGAGGUGCAAAAGCGGAAGAGUUGGCUAAAUGUGAAGUUGAGUAAAUUGAAUAAAUUAGUAUCUCUGCAAAUUGCUGGCAUUAUGAACGUCUCAGAAAAUGGGUUGUCACUUAAAGCCUCAAUCACGAUUAUCAAAAGUGGGUGUAGAUUGAUUCUUCAUUAAUUCUGGCUCUGCCCUCCAACAAAUUCGUCAUCACAUAUACAUCAGCUCAAUACACAGCAUGAAAUAUUGACU